AUGCAAUACUCGGUCUGUUGACAAUUCAUCCAUCUUCCUUCAACCCUUGAUUCAUCGUUCACUUCAUAUUGGUUGGUGACCGAUUCCUACUUAAUUCAGACAGUAUCUGGGAAUGUCCGACACACGAUGGAAUUACGGUAGAGCAGCGUGGCUGUAUCCUCUGCGUGGAAUCUACUAUACCCUUUCGCAUCGAUACGUUUGGCCUUUGUUCAAGGCUCGACUGAUUCCGAUUGUCUUGCUCUCUGCCUUCAUCUACGUCCUGCUCUUCCUGUUCGCGUAUCUACCCCAGGUGGCUUUCCUGGCGAUCUUCCAGGGAGCUGGAGCAUGGGUUAGUGGCGCGGUCCUCGUUCUCGGCGAAGGGGCGGCCAUUGUGGCUGUUCUGUUCGAGGCGUUCUUCGUCGAUGAAACCCUGGUGGACAUCUUCGACGCGGUACUGGUGAGCGAAGGUCACAGCGAUCUCGUGAAUGCCUCGCGGGUUUUGUAUCCGGAGGGCGCUCCGGUCGUUGAGCGACUGGGGAAGCCGACGCAGAACGCGGUGUACUCGCCGUUCAGCUUACGACAGAUCAUUGAAUUCGUUGUGCUGCUCCCGCUGAACCUUAUCCCCUUUCCCGGCGGCACGCUUAUGUUUCUCGUCUUGACGGGAUAUCGCGCGGGGCCCUUCCAGCACUGGCGCUAUUUCCAGCUGCUCGACCUUUCCAAGCAACAGAGAAAGAACAUGAUCCGUGGCCGGCAGUUGCAGUAUACUACAUUUGGAACCGUCGCCCUGGUGCUUCAACUCGUUCCAAUCUUGUCCAUGUUUUUCCUCAUGACAACCGCGGUUGGGUCGGCCCUUUGGGCAGUGGAGCUGGAAAAUCGACGCGAUCCUUUGGGCAGGAGGCCUGGGCGAGAUGGAGUUUACCGCGACGACGAUCCUUUGAUAUGAUGUGGGCGAGCGGUUCGAGGCCAUGUUUGUUUGUUCUGUUGUGAUGUAUAAUUGAUUGCUUACUCCGUAUGUUUCUGGGUCUUUAUCAUCUAAGAGUUUGUUCCUUUGUCCUCAGUGUUCAUGCUGGCUGAUUGAUUUGCAUCUUGGUAUGAGUAUUGGCAUUAGCACAUAAAUCCUUUUUUUUGC